GCUAAAACCGCGAUCGACGUAUAAAAGGCGUUGACGGUGCUGGAAAUGGUACAGUCAACGCGAAGCUCUUUCCAGUGAUCAACACAGACCUCUCACAAAACAAUCCCCAAACAAUCAAUCAAAAUGUUCCGAUUGGUGGUGUUGUCCGCUCUUCUUGCCGUUGCCGCUGCUGCCCCAGGACACUUGGUCCACUCGGCUCCGCUUGCCUACUCGACCGUGGUGGCUGCUGCCCCGACGCUCGUCGCCCAGAAGGAGAUCUCGUACCAGAAGAGCAUCAUCGAGCAGCCGACCGUGGAGCACGUCGGAACCGUCCUGAAGACCAUCCCGACCGGAGUGACGCACACCAGCUCGGCCGUGGUGCACGACACCAAGGUGCGCGAGAAUGUGUAUGCCCCGGCCGUGAAGAAGACCGUCGUGUCGACUCCGGUUGAGAAGACGACCUACGUCCAGGCCGCUACCCCAGUCGUCCAUGCCGCCCCGGCCGUCUACGCCGCUCCGGUCCAGACUGUCUACGCUGCUGCUCCAGUUGCCAAAACCUACUCGUACGCUGCCCCGGUUGCCAAGACCUACGUGCAGGCUGCCCCGGCUGCCAUCUCGUACGAAGCCGCCCCAGUGUCGUACGUUGCCGCUCCUCUGGCCAAGACCGCCUACGUCAGCAGCUACCCGUCGGUGUACGCCGAGCCAGCUGUGUAUGCUAACCAGUGGCACUAAACCAAUGACUGUCCCCUUUUCCUGAGUCCUAGCGAGCCCUACGGUGACGGUUGCUUGUUUUUUGUUCACCUUUGAUUGUUUCGGUGAAAGAUGAGGCAAGCAGCUUUGUGCGAGAAGAAUAAAUGAAUGAGAUUCGAAUGUUUUAAA